AUGGAAGAGCAACCGGACUUGGCUAUCUCUGUGGACCUUGGUACGACCUUUACGGGUGUUGCCUGGAUGAGGCAUGGAAUCCCUAUUCAGGUAGUCAACGACUGGCCGGGGAGCGACGACAGAGGUGAUCGAAAAGUCCCCACGACAAUCGUAUACAACGCCGAUGGAAGCAUCUCGUCUUGGGGGUUCAUGUGUGCUGACGAUGACCACGAUACGAGCAAGACACGUCGGGACUUCUUCAAGAUCUUUCUGGAUCCAGAGACCCUCGACGCAGCACAGCAUCAGGGCCUAAGCAAUGUCCCGCAAAGCACUGCCCAGGCUCGCCAAUUCGUGACAGAUUAUCUGAAGCAGAUAUAUGCACAUAUCAAAGAUAGCAUAGAAAUGCGCAUGGGCAUAAAACAUGUCGGUGGAUGGGACUCCAUGGCCGUCCUAUUCCUCUUCAGUGCGCCCACGACAUGGACGAGUAUGGCUAUCAUCAACACCUUCAAGGGCGCAAUCCAUGAUGCUGGAUUCGGAACUGGAGGCCCAAAACACUCAGCAUUGGUUGAUCUCACAGAGUCCGAGGCUGCAGCCGUGGCAACUCUCAAGACUGGAGCUAUAAGCCUCAAGGAAAACAGCGUGUUUCUGACCGUGGAUGCAGGAGGUGGCACAACAGACCUCGCUCUGAUGCGAGCCACUUCCACAAACUCGAGCUUUCCACAGCUUUCUCAAGUGGCUGCCGUCAGCGGUGUCGGUGUUGGCUCCUCACUUAUUGAUCGCGCUUUCGCAAGACUUGUCUCACAAAGAAUGGCCGCGAAUCCCGAUUUCAAGCUUCCGGCUGAUUUUGCAGCACGCAUGGCUCGAAGCCAAGGAUUUAAGAGCGUCAAGCACAAGUUUGGCGAAAAGGUAUACAUGCAACCAGUAUACAAAAUUAUGAUGGAGGGUGUAGGAUACGAUGUGAGCCACGAAGGCCUCGGAGUUCAAGAUGGACGCAUGCUUUUUACCAAGCAAGACAUUCAAGCCCUCUUUGAUGUCCAUAUCGAAGCAAUCAUGGCCCGGAUUCACAAGCGGCUAGACUGGUUGACCGAAAAAGGCCCUUCAAAACAAGUGGUAAGGCGCUCCGAUUUGAAGCUCGACCGAAGCUCAUUGCGUAUACAGGGGUAUGUGAUUCUGUCCGGUGGGCUGGGUAGUUCAGCCUAUGUCCGCGAGGUUCUCCAAGAACACUUGACCAAGCUGCAACAUCCAAAUGCCCGCAAUAUCCUUGUUAUACCCUCCCAAGACCCGCAACUUGUUGUCGCUCGUGGAGUUCUCGAGAACAAGCGGCAGAGGAUGGAGUCGGGGAAUAAAUCCGUGCUCAGCACUUGGAUUGCUCGAGCGAGCUACGGCGUAAUCGUUCAGGAGGUCUACAUGCCUGCACGGCACUUCGAUGAAGAAGUCCGACAAGAUCCAUGGGACCCUAGUGUGAAGUGGGCAACUAAUCAGAUCCAAUGGUUGAUCAAAAAGGUAUGCUUCAGGCCGUUCUUUUUGCCCACAGACUGGGUUGACAAAAGCCCACAGGGAGACACCGUGGACCCGGACUCUCCGUUGGUCAAACGAUUCGAAAUCAGGUUGAAAGAUGGAGACACUACACGCGCAUGGGACGCAGAAAUUGUAGUGUCAAAUAACGAGGCCGAAUGGCUUCCUCGAAGCCUAAAACAAGCCGGCGUUAUGAGACUUUGUUCUGUAAAGAGCAACCUCGCUGGCAUCGAACAACACCAGCUCGUCCUCAAAGAAAAGCGAGGAACUUGUUUCCGGCGUGGACACAAGUUCUACAUUUGUAGGUUCGAUAUCCGAGUUAUUGUUGCUCCAGCAGACCUGAGAUUUGAGCUCUGGUUUGGGGGGACGAAGUUCUCUGGCAACCACCAGCCUAUCUCAGUCCAAUGGGAUGCAGCUAAAGGUUAA